AUGUACGACUCGACACGUUCGCUAAAACGUCAGCGCACUCUCCCCAUAUCAGCCUCGCCGACACCGAGAUCCUCGUCACUCACCCCACCUCCAGACUCUCCAAAAUCAUACCCAACUCCAGCACUCCGCCCGCUGCCUCCAGCAAUCCUACUCCUUGCACUUCCAGGACUUCUGACCCUUCCUCCUACUCAUCCAGACUUUGGCUUUUCACUCUUUCUCUCACUGCGCUCAUUGAGACAAUGUUUAGCACUGCCUGGUCUUGCCCCUGAUAUAGAAUGUCGUGCUUGGACAAGUCUGGCCGAAGUCGGCAUGAGAGUCAUGGAGAGUGGCUUUUGCUCGCAAGAGGGAGGAUGUGACUGGGCUGUAGGUAUUCAUUCAGAGGCCGAGAAAGCACUUGGCAAAGGUCUUCUCAUCGCACAAAAACACCCUUCACUUCGGCCGCUUCGCCACCACCUCACACUCCUCCAUGCUCAUUUUGCAUUCACUUUUCCUUCCUCUUCCACAUCGCCAAAAUUCGCACGUGCCAUCCUCAGACGCCUCAUCGCAUCAUUUGUACCCUCGGAUCCUCCAGGCACCGUAUAUGAUGCACACCUAGCAUUAAUCACCCAGAUUAUUACACUGCCUCCUUCACCUAAUACUGCUGCUAAUACCAGCCCUGCACCACUAGGGGCCCCCGCCCUCCAAGCAACACUGACUGCCAUAGAUACUCUCAUAACUCUCGCACGCAAAAACCACCACUCCCAAAUUAUUGCCCUCGCUCACGUCAUCAGGUUGCGCGUCCUUCUUCGUGCAAGUGCAUGGGCCCAAGUUGGGGCUGCACUCGAUACAGCGGAAGUCGUGCUUGGUCUGAUGUUCGACAAGAACGGCAAAGUUAAGAAUGACGAGGGUCAUAUUAUGGCGAUGAAAAACAACAAACCUGAUGAUGCACUUCCCCGUUGGAAUUCUAUAACUGCCCACGACGUUAAUGCUUUGUCUCGCGAAUAUUCUCAAGUGCGCAUCACCUCCGACCAGUCAAAUGUGGAACCAAAUCAAGAGGAGGAAAACACGCAAUCGGAUCCUGCUCAUGCUUCUCUGGUCAUUCAUACACUCAUCUCCGCUACCAUAUUUUUUACUUUCUCCGGAAACAUUCGUGCAGCCGAGCAAAGGCUCGCCGCGCUCCACGAAAUUGUUGAUAGUGGAGCACUCGAGGGGUUCAAGGAUGGUAUCGUCCAGAUCGCUCUCCCACCCCAUCCACCCCUGGUGGUCCAUACCACCCACCCAUUGAUACUUCUCCCGCUCACGUUCCUCGUCAGCGCCACUGCAAAACGGGAUCCAGUGGGCAGAAACCCAAAGAGAAGGCUCUGGGCCGAAGCAGCAAUCAACAUUCUCAAUACUGCAAGAGAGGACAUCGAACUGCCCCUCUGGGCUUCCCUAGCAGACAGAGACGAAAUUAUACAGCGCACAGUAAAACUCACAGCCGAUCUUUUAUGCGAGCUUGUCGCGAUAUCGAUCCAACGCUCCGAAUUCGACGCUGCAGAAACACACCUAGACGCACUACUUACCCUAACCCACACACACGACCUCUUCCACUCAUAUAGCGCCCGCAUCACCCUCCACGCCGCACAUCUCGCGCAUGCACUCGGAGACACCGAACGUGCAGGCGUAUGCUAUCGCGUCGCUAAAUCUGUAGAUGACGAACGCAAUGCAGGCGCUGGGUAUGUAGGCGCUGCUGCAUGCGCUGGGGAAGCACUAUUACGCAUCGGACUACGUGCUCAGGCUCACGACGAGAAUUCGAACCCUGGUGUGAAUGAAGGCGCUAGUACUGACGAAAGCGACUGGUUGGAUGCUGAGACGCAUGCACUGGCUAGGUCUGCGAUUCAGCGGUGCCAUGGAAUGGGAGGGACGCUUGAAGCAGUCGGGAAGGUGGUACAGGCAGCUGUGGUGGGUGCGAGAGGGGAGAUUGUUGGUGCCAAAUCACACCUAAAAUCUGCGCUGUCUUUAUCAACCUUAGCAGGCGAAAACCAUCUCCGCGCGUUGCUCCUCGCGCAAGUGGGCGCACAGUAUAUGCAUACAGCACCUGCGCAUGCGAUGGAGACGUUGGCAGUAUGCGAGACGCUUGGCGCUGGGAUGGGCGCGAAGCAGAAGGAUGUGGAUGGCGUGAAAGGUGGAGGUAAAGGAAAGGAGAAAGAGAGAGACACGGAGGGUAGCGAUGGCUCAUUAGGCAACGCCCCGCUUCGCCUCUGGGUCGGUGAACGAUUUCUCGAGAUAUUUAAGCGCGCAAAUAAGCCGCACCGAGUGGCAAAGCAGGGGGUGUAUAAUGCUAUGUAUCGGGGUGCGGUAGAAGGGAUGAUUGGGAGGGCGAGGUGGCCUUCUGCGGUGGAAUCUGAUCAUGGUGAAAUAGUGCCUACCAACUUCGGGGAAGACGUCAAAAUGCAGAGUCUGGACGCAGAUCAGGAUGUCGAGAUGUAGGUGCCUGCACCUUUCGUUCGUUUGAGGGUGACGGAGGGCGACUUAUCUUGGACGCUGCAGUUUCCGGCUGACUGGACUGACCUUGCUAGAAGCACUUAAAGUUAUUGAUACUCGCAACAUACUCCACGUCUGAUCACAUAAAGUUUGCACUCCCAUCGUAUAGCAUAUCAAGCAAGUAUUACAUACAAUAACACAGGCACCCUUGUAGAAUAACGCCAAAGUCCAAG